AUGCACAUCGAGAGCUUCACCGUCGCGUCCCCGGACGUGAAGUACACGGACGAUGCCAUCGAGACCCGGUACGUGUACCAGAGCACGGAGCUGGAGCGCGGCCCGAACGGCAACGUCACGGUGAAGCCGACGGCCACGACGUACAACCUCAAGACGGACCGCAAGGUCCCGAAGAUGGGCAUGAUGCUGGUCGGGCUGGGAGGCAACAACGGCUCCACCAUCACUGCUGGGCUGAUCGCCAACAAGGAGGGCAUCACGUGGAUGACCAAGGAGGGGCUGAAGAAGCCCAACUUCUACGGCAGCCUCACGCAGGCCGCGACCGUCCGCGUCGGCACCUACAACGGCGAGGAGGUCUACGCGCCCUUCAAGUCCAUCCUCCCCAUGGUCGACCCCGCCGACAUCGUCGUCGGCGGCUGGGACAUCUCCUCCGCCAACCUCGCCGAGGCCAUGGAGCGGGCCCAGGUCCUCGACUGGGAGCUCCAGAAGCAGCUCGUGCCCUACAUGAAGGACAUCGUGCCCAUGCCCGCCAUCUUCGACAACAACUUCGUGGCCGCCAACCAGGGCCCGCGCGCCAACAACAUCAUCAAGGGCUCCAAGAAGGACCAGAUCGCCGAGGUGCAGAAGAACAUCCGCGACUUCAAGGCCCAGCACGGCCUCGACAAGGUGGUCAUCCUGUGGACGGCGAACACGGAGCGCUUCGCGUCGGUGGCCGCGGGCCUGAACGACACGUGGGACAACCUGUCGGCGGCGAUCGACCGCGACGAGGCGGAGAUCGCGCCGUCGACGCUGUACGCGAUCGCGGCGAUCAACGAGGGCGUGCCGUUCGUGAACGGCGCCCCGCAGAACACGUUCGUCCCGGGGCUGAUCGAGUACGCGAUGCAGAAGAAGGUGCUCAUCGGCGGCGACGACUUCAAGUCCGGGCAGACGAAGAUGAAGUCGGUGCUCGUGGACUUCCUCGUCGGCGCGGGCCUGAAGCCGACGUCGAUCGUGUCGUACAACCACCUGGGCAACAACGACGGGCUCAACCUGUCGGCGCCGCAGACGUUCCGGUCCAAGGAGAUCACCAAGUCGAACGUGGUCGACGACAUGGUGCAGUCGAACGAGAUCCUGUACGCCCCGGGCGAGCACCCGGACCACCUCGUCGUGAUCAAGUACAUCCCGUACGUCGGCGACUCGAAGCGCGCCAUGGACGAGUACACCUCGGAGAUCUUCAUGGGCGGGAAGAACACCAUCGUGAUGCACAACACCUGCGAGGACUCCCUCCUCGCCUCGCCCAUCAUCCUCGACCUCGUGCUCCUCGCCGAGCUCUCCACGCGCAUCCAGCUCAAGCGCGAGGACGAGGCCGAGUACCACCACAUGCACCCCGUCUGCGCGCUGCUCAGCUACCUCACCAAGGCGCCGCUCGUGCCGCCCGGCGCCUCCGUCGUCAACGCCCUCGCGCGCCAGAGGGCCAUGCUCGAGAACGUCAUGCGCGCCUGCGUCGGCCUGCCGCCGGAGAACAACAUGCGCAUGGAGGUCAUCCAGGGCCGGUGCUGA